AUGUCAGAGAAGUACCAUUCGAUUACAAACUAUCUGGUCAACUUUAAAAAAUCCUUAUGCGACUUGAAGAAAAGCUAUAUGCUCAUCCGUUUGAAAAAUGGACUACUUAGUUUAUUGGUUUCCGAUCCUUAUUCGGACUUUUCCUCUGCAUCCCUUUGUGUUUCUACUGGAUCUCAUCAUGAUCCAGAAGGCAUUCAAGGUUUAGCACAUCUAUGUGAGCACAUGUUGUUCAUGGGUUCGAAGGAGUUUCCAAAUCCAAGUAUAUUCUUUCACAUCAUAGAGUCGAAUGGAGGAGAGACUAACGCUUAUACUACUGGCGAGCAAACCAAUUUUUACUUUGAAGUUAAAAAUGCAACAACAGUGAAUGAGCACGGCUCGUCUUUUGAAAAAGCAUUAGAUAUUUUUGCAAGCUUUUUUAUAUCACCUCUAUUCAGUGAUUCAAGUAUCUCCGAUGAAGUUUCUACGGUUGACGAAGAGCACUCUUCAAACGUCACAAAUACUUCGAAAAUUUUUUAUCACGCUCUCAGGCUUUUAGCAAACAAAAAACAUCCUUUUCAAAAAUUUGGAACUGGUAACUAUUCAUCCUUGAAGAAAGAGCCUAAACUCCGUGGUUGGAAUCUCAAAAAAGCACUUAUCGAAUUCUUUUACACGCAUUACAUCGCAAAUAAAAUGACACUUGUUAUAAAGGGACCACAAUCCCUAAAUCACUUACAGAAGUUGGCAUAUUCGUAUUUCAAUAGAAUUCGUCUGCCGCAUUUCAUGGACUGCGAAUUUUCGAUAGUAGAGCGUUCUUUCCAACAGCGAUACUUCAAAGAGCCAAUAUAUAGGACUGAAGAAUUGGGCAAACUAUUAAUAAUUCAAAACGAUACAAACCUGCUCUUAAGAAUCACCUUUCCAGUGCAAUUUCUGAACGAAAUUUCUGAUUUCGACUUUUUUUCCAAUAUGUGGUGCAAUGUUAUAGGAGACGAAAAUAAAGGAACUUUUUGCGACUUUGCUAUUCGCACUGAAAGAUUAGCAAGCUCUAUUUACGUACAUAAACAGAGCUUGACAUAUAACUGCUCAGUCUUAAACAUAGAUAUUACAUUACUUAAACGUGGCGAAAAAAAAGUUGAUGUCUUAAUUGAGUCACUUUUUAAAUAUAUAUCUCACAUUGUUUUUGAUUCAGAUUUUGAUAGUAUUUUGCAACUUCUCAACUAUUUUGCAACUAUUGAUCGAUUAAAUUAUUACUACAAAAAAGCAUAUAAUUCAGCAUCUUUAGAAACCUCUGCUAUAGCAGAAAACAUGCAACGUAAUUUAUUGACUUUACUACCAAUCAACAUCCUUAAGGGUUAUAGGAAUUUGGGUGAUGAUGACAAAUACUACAAAGGCGAUUUAUGUCAUGAAACCAAAGUCUGGUGGAUGGAAAAAACACAAGAGUUUUUGAAGUUAUCACGAAGUAUUUUAUCGUGGAAGAACUUCAACUUAAUUAUAAUCAACCCAAAUCCUCUAGUAUUUAGGAACUUGGUGACACGCGCUGGAAUUUUGAUCGAAGAACCAUACUUUAGUUUUAAAUACAGCGUGAGUGAUCUAGAUGUUGGUUCAUUUCAAAAACCGUUAUCGAAGAAAACAAAAUUUGAAUUGCCAGGGAUCAGCAAGUUCUUAAAAUUCACCCAGAUUGGCCUAGAUAUUAUGACUGAAACGUUAUCGAAAGGCGACUUUGGAUUUCCUACAGGAAUUUGCCAUAGCGAAAGCCCUUGUUUAGUUGACUUCUCUCCAAGACAUGAAGUCUGGCAUAAAAAUGUUGCCCAUGAUGCUUUUGACUUUCAAAUAUCAACAUCAUUUUUAAUUCAGUUUUUUGAUAAUAAUUCAGUUGACAUUCAUGUUGGAUUAGAAUUAAUCAGCAUUUAUAUUGGAACGACUCUAAAGCAGAGUUUUUACCUGGAAGAAUUAAUAGGAUUCUCAUGGGCCAUAUAUCCUGCUAGAAAUGGCUCUCCUGGUCUCACUUUCAACUUCUCAGGUAUAAGGAGCUGUUAUGAGACAGCAUUUGAGAGUUUUUUAAAAGAAAUUAAAAGUUUGUUGAUGGAUGUCAAAAAUUGGACUAAUCGGAACUUCAUGGACGCAAGAGUUACCUUACGGAAGGAAUACGAGCUUCUUCAAAAAGAGUCAGGUAUCACAAAAAGUAUAAUUGGGCUUACAAAUGUACUUGAAGAGAACUCCUGGUCUUUAAUAGAGAUCCUAGAAGCACUUGAAUUACUUGAAUUAAAAGAUUUAUCAAAAAUUGGUUAUUCUCUCUUGAGAGAAAAUAAUUAUACUAAAAUUUUAGCGCACGGAAAUCAUGAGCUAUAUUCAGUUUUAAAGAGCAUAGGCGAGUUUACUGGAUAUCGCAAUAUUUCAACGAUGCCUAUCACAUGUAUGUGGGCAUCAUCUUAUCUUCUCCAUAAAGGAAUAAACUAUUUGAUAGAGGAAAACAAUAUGCAGGAUAACAUGGAUACUGUUCAUUAUUAUGUCCAGCUCGGUUGUCGGGAAGAUAGCUUUGUCAGAACACUAGGAAAGCUCAUAUCUUAUUGGUUGUCAAUUAGAUCUGAGAUAGUUUUGAGAACUCAAAAGCACAUAGCUUAUUCAAUUCAGAGUGGCCUUCGAUUGAACAGAUCUACUGUGGGUAUUUACAUAAUAAUUCUGACUGCUAAUGUUGAUCUCGAAGAUAUCACAAGGCAUAUAGAGUCCCUAUUUCUGCGAUGGGAAGAAGAUUUGAAGAAAUUGCAAUCUAAUGACUUUCAGGAAGAUGUCGUGGUUCCCUUCUUAAAUGGUUAUAACGAUAAAACAGUAAAGACAGAUACAAUUAACCUUCUGUUUAGUGCGGAACCUCUCAGCAAGAGUUCAAAUUUCGCAGUCGAUUCUCAACACAACACACAUCAGAGCGACUGGGAAAAAAUAGUCAACAACAUAUAUCGAUUUUCUGGUCCAGUUGGGGAGGAUGAGAUAGAUAUUUCUCUUUUGAAAAGCUUGACCUUAUCUUCAUUUUUAACGUUCUUUCAUCAAAGACUAUCAUUCAUUUCAAGUCUGAGAACUUCUCUUACUAUUGUAAUACCGAAGCGGAAACUGUCAAAUUUAAUCAUCAAUACUGGGGCUCAGACACAUUCCUCUAAAAGUUUCUCAUCUUUUGAAAAGCGAUCCAAGACCGAAUCCCAUAUGAGGUUAAAAAUUUCGUCCGUAAAAGAAAUUGGGAAACAAUUUGGCCUUAGGAGGCAGAAACCAACGUCAGAAAAACUUAACAGUUACAAGAAAAGUCAAUGGGGAAAAGAUUUUCUUGAGCCAACAACUCAUAAACCAUCUUCAAAUAUUAAAGUCUGGGACCUCGAAAGGAUACGGAGAUAUAGUAGUUUUACGAACAGUACUAUCGAUCAUUCACUAUACAACAAGCUUUGUGAUAUUUCAAGUGAGGAAUCUUUGCUAAGUUAG